AUGUCUGAGCCCGUAACCGAGAAUAUCACGACGUCUACCGAUGCGGAAUUGUCCAUUGAGACUCCACCAAGCUCUGUGGGCGAGGAGAACCUCGGCAAAGAAGCAGAAAAUACCGAGCCAGAGGCUGCGGAAAAGCCCCUUCCAACGAAAGCGGACUUCCCAGCCCUGGGAUCCGGCGCCUUUUAUGCUGCAUCGCCUAAAGUGUCUUGGGGACCCAACAUGAAAACGCCAGUAACGCCUGCGUCAUCAUCGAGGUCUCCUACGCCAUCUUCAGCGUUGUCGGCCAAACCUGCUCGGUCUAAAACGAUUCAAGAGGCAUUCACCCUGGAUUUGCAAUCGCAGCUCUCGAUAUCCAAGGUAGAAUUCUCUCGUAUUGUUCAACACGUCAAGCAGGCGCAUGACGUUUCUGUCGAGUCGACCUUGUCGAAAAACAGUCGAACUUUCCUGAUUUUUGGUAUUCCCGACAAGGUUAAGGCCGCUAGAAGAGAGAUUGUGAAAAAAUUGACCAAACCUGUUUCCACGACAAUUCAGGUUCCAUCGAAGACGCGGGCUGCCAUCAUUGGUGCUGGCGGUAGAAAGAUUCGCGAAAUAUCGGAACCAUUGGACGUGAAGAUCGAGAUUGGGAAGACAGUCCUAGAAGAUUCUUUCGACCCAGAUCUAGACGAUUAUUUGGUCAAUGUUACCAUCAACGGUGAUCUGGAGUCCGUGAAGAUCGCACAGGCAAAGAUUUUGGCGAUUGUCAAGGAAGAGACGAAAUCCAUCACAGCCCUGCUGGAUGUAGAGACCAAUUUGCGAGCAUUUGUUCACCUUGACGGCUCGAAAAAUGAUGUGGCUGUCAAUUACAAUGAGAAAGAAGGUAAAAUCACAAUUUCUGGUGAGCGUGAUUUGGCCAAAGCCACCAAGCUUGACAUUCAAAAAUACCUCCAACAGUUGAACUCUGCGAUUCAAAAGAAGACUGUUCAGAUCCCAAACAAAUUCCAGAUUUUGAUCGACACGACAGAAAUUAAAAAUAAAUUUGGAGUUGUUGUCAAACUACCGACCGAUGGGAGCGAAAAUGUUCUCUUUAUGGGUACUGAGGAGGGAAUUGAUGGGGCACUUCUUUUCGCUCGUUCAUCCUCCAAGAAAUACGUUGUAGAAAGUUUGGAAAUUUCAAAAGCUCACGGCAAAAACAUUUCUCACGCUAAAAACGUUGCAUUGUACUUUGACAAAUACAAUGUCUUGAACAGUCUACAAGAAAAAUUCCCAUUUGUUAAAAUCACGCUUCCAUCACCGGACGAGCUCAUCAGAAAUGACUCCGUGUCAGUCAUGGUUACCUCAACUACUGAGCACAGUAGCGAUUUGAAGGCAGUUCGCAAAGAAAUCAUUAAUUUGGUUAACGACCUUACUGUAUCUCAAAUAAUGGAAAUCUCUGACUUGGAUAAUGAACUCUUCCAUGAUGACAUCAAGCGUAUCCUUCAGAAAAAUGAGGACAAAGCUCGCUUCGUGCAACUGGGAGAGCUAUACCCAGAUUCAGAUAUCAUCAUUCUGAUUGCUCAAAUAUCCGAUGACGAGUUUAGACCUUCUGAAGAUGAACUGGAAGCUCUUUUGAAGGAGGCAAACGGUUCUUUGGAUUCGAUUCGAGAAGAACAAAAGAAGCUGACUUUGGUCGUAGAAGACUUAGAUGAAGAGAUUCAAGAUUCGCUUCUUUCGAUCUCGGCUGUCACUCGCAAAUUGCUUGAACAAGACAUAUCAUCAGAGGAUGGUCACGUUCAAAUUAAACUGCAUAAGCCAACUAAAGGUCAAAUCACUUUCAGAGGCGACGAAAAUUCUGUCAAGCUUGUGUCUAAGGCUUUGAAAAGCAUACGAGACACGUUUUCCGAAAAAUCGAAGCUCUCUUUUACCAUCCCAACAAACUCUGUAUCGAGAAUUAUUGGAACUAAAGGUGCCAGUCUCGCCGCUGUUCGUGAGGGCUUUGGAUGUCAAAUAGACGUUUCUCAAGAAAGUGAAAACAAUUCGAAUGAAGUCACAGUGAUUGGAUUACUUUUCAAUGCUGAACAUGCGAAGGCGCACGUUAUGGCAGAGGCAAAGAAAUGGGCCGAUGUUACAAGCAAGGAGCUUCUUGUCCCAGCUAAAUACCAGGGAAGAAUGAUUGGGGCUGGAGGUGCUAACUGCAACCGUCUUCAGGAAAAGUAUAGCGUGCACAUUAAAUUCCCUGAUAGUCGCGAAAGUGAGACUGUUAUUGUGAGAGGACCUUCCCGAGGGGUCAAUAAGGCCUACGAGGAACUCAAGGCUUUACUCGACUUUGAAAUUGAGAAUGGUCACCAGACUGUCAUCACCGUUCCAGCUGAAGCUGUUUCCAGAAUUAUUGGUAAGAAUGGUGAGACUAUUAACGACAUUCGGGCAAGUUUCGGCGUUGAGCUUGAAUUUCCAGAAAAGGUUCCUCAAUCUGCCGCUAAAAAUGUAAAGGUCCAAUUAGAGAUCACUGGGUCAAGACCGGCGAUCAAGGAAGCCACGCAAAAAAUUGAAAAGAUUGUCAAGGAGGUAUCUGAUAAUGUCACCGAAUCUGUGGCGGUUGAUCCCAGCUACAUUAAAGAUAUUGUCGGUGCUGGUGGUCGUGUUUUGAAAGAAAUUGUCAGCAAAGCGGGCGGCGACGAAUUUAGGAACACUUCUGUCGAGGUUCCAGAAGCAGGUUCUGGGAAAAAUGCAAUUGUUGUUCAGGGUCCCAAAACGUUUGUUAUUAGCGUUGUGAAGGACAUCAAGGCAAUCAUCGACGAAAAAGAGAAGUCAGUUACAAAAGAAUUAGAUGUGGUUCCAGAAAGAAAGGGUGCUUUAAUCGGGCCUGGUGGUUACGUUCGCCGUCAACUCGAAAAAGAAUUUAAUGUAAGGCUGUUUGUGCCAAAUGGCGAUGACAACAUAUCCAAGGUAACUGUUACUGGUCUACCUGCCAACGUCGAGGCUUGCGAAAAGAAAAUCUUUUCUGAAAUUAUCAGAGAUAACUUUGAUUUGGAAGUCAAGAUUCCUGCUAAGUACCAGGAGUUUGUUUCUGACAGAGGUACUUUCAUCCAGAAGUUGAGAAGCGAUUUUUUCGUCAACGUUAAGUUUGGGAACAUGAACCGCUUUGCAAACAAAGUGGGUCGUCCCGCUUUCUCAAUUCCAAUCGAUUCUGUUAAAGGCUCUGCGGAAGAAAAAGUCAAGUUUACUAAAGGUAGCAUUCCACAGGUUAGUAAGGAAAACGUCUCCGACCUAUUUAUUCCAUGGAGACUAUCGUAUGAGCCUGUUGAUCUUUCUGAUAUUUUGAAUGAAGAGGGUGAACAAAAGACUGAAACUAAGAGUAAAGAAAGCGUCUUGCGGGAAGUAACCGAGCUUAUUAAUCAAAGAUUGCAAGAAGCACCAAAUGCCACUUCGCUGGGAUACGUGUGGACCAGCAAGCCUCAAAAUUUCAGAAGAUUGGUUGGACCACAAGGUUCAAACAUCAAGCGCAUCAGAGAUGCCACUGGUGCGAUUAUUGAGGUUCCAAAGAAAGCCGAAAAGAUAAAUGACGUCGUGUACAUAAAGGGCUCUGAAGAUAAUGUGGUCAAAGCGGCAGAAAUGAUCAUGAAAAAGCUGGACUACUAA